AUGGACUCAUUGCCAGAGGAAUGCAUCGUACAGGUGCUUGCCUUUGUUACAUCCUCACCUCGGUCGCUGCAUGCACUCUUGUUGACAAACAGGACCCUCUUUCGUCUCUCUGCUGCCAUCCUUUAUCACAAUCCCUUCGAAUACCUCGAGCGUCAUGUUGCCGAUAUACUGGACAGACAAGCGCAACAGGUCAAGGUCCUUCGCCUGUUCCUCGCCUGCAUCCCCGACACCCUCGACGCCAUCACCACCACUUCAGCUACAACCAAUACACCACUGCCAGGCUUUCGCAGACCAACUAUUGACUAUCUCUCUCUCUACAACUGUCAUUUUGAGAAGCUGUUGCAGUUCCUCAUCACUCCGGCCCUCAAUCACAUCCCCAGCGCCACUUUUGCUUCUGUCCCAACCCUCUCUGCCCAGCAGGAUCGGUCUGUCUCUUCCAAACAGUCUACUCAACAGUCGCACGCACAACCACGACAACUCUUGCCAGGUCCGACAGGAGUGCGUGCACAUAUCCAUCUCGGUCUUGUCGGGCACACUCCACAGCAUAUCCACACCAUUGGCUACUCGAUCCAUGGACUAUCGACUCUACUCCCCUUGGUCGAUCAACUCUCGCGCCUUGUCAGACUCGAGCUCUACAAAAAGUCCGACCGACGCGAAAUCUCGACCGCGACCGACUUUAUCCUCGCCCACAGACGCAUCCACCAAAGCCUCCAAGAGAUCAAGAUCAAGAGUGCUGAUCAAUCUGACCUCUCACCCCUCAUCCAAGCCAUGGGUCAGCCACGGGUCAUAGAUGUCAGCAACUGGGCCGACGCUGACCUCUAUCUCCAUCUUUUCCCACUCGAACAAUGCCGUGUUCUUCAGAUGCGUCAGGGACUCUCUCGCUCAGCGUCCAAUCUAGAGGGCACCAUUGCUCUGCAGUUUGAUCUGACAUGUCUGAGCCAUUGCACUGUGAUACGAAACCUGCGACUCAACAUUGGAAGGAAGAUCCCCGAGAGCUGGAACCCAUCCCUUAAAGCCCAGCAACUUGCCCAAUGUGCUAUCUCCAACCCUUUUCUUGAGAUUGACGUUCACGUCAAAGAUGAAUAA